AUGAUGUUGGGCAGUGCCAUUGGGCGUCGUCCGGCCCUUGCCAGGGGUCGCUGCGCGCUCGCGAGGCCGGCUGUCCCGCGGUCCCAGCUGCUCCGCAAGCCGGUAGCGAUCAGGGCUGUUUCGGAGGCGGUGGCAAAGCCGGGAGCGAUCAAGGUUACUGCGGCCAACGACGCGGACGAUGACCUGACGGUCAUAUACCUUUCGGGCCCGGCGGCUCCUGGGCUUCAGACGAAGCUCAAGCAGGUCUUUCACGACCUGAACGUGGACGUCAAGCGGCACGACGUCAACGGAGGCGUGGACUCCGGCACCCUGGAGGACGUCUUCUACGUCAAAGGCCCCAAGGGCAAGCUCACCGAUGGAGAGAUCAAGUCUGCAAUCACCGUGCUCGAGGGCAUCGUCAAGACGCAGGCGGCGGCCGCGCGGUCGGGGGUCCGCCCCAAGUUUCAGACCCAGACGAUUGCCCCCGACCCCGCCAAGCGCGAGGUCCUGUAUGCCAUCAUGGACAAGUACAAGGAGAACGACGUGAUGACCAUCCAGCAGGACAUCGCCGCGCACGUCGAGUACACGCUCGCGCGCACGCGCCAGGACUUUGCCAACAACGAGUGCUACCAGGCCGUGUCUUACAGCCUGCGCGACCGCCUCAUCGAGCUCUGGAACGACACCCAGACUUACUUCAAGUGA